AUGUUAUUGGCUCGAGAGACCCACCUGGUGAGUGUCUGCCCUUGGCCAGACCGCGACCUGAUCUCGUCCAAAUCCCGAUCAUCAGCCAGUGAACGCGGUCUGGUGACGUGUAUGACGGAGUCGGUUACCAAACAUGGCGACGCUAUCGAGCUGCAUGCGAUGCACUCCCAACGAUCCUCGCCUAACAGCUCCGCCUCAUCGAGCAGCAGCGCUUUAAAUUAUGGGGCCACUGCUUAUACCCCAUUAAUUCCCCGAAGUGUCAUGGAUCCCAAGAUCGAGGACGAACUCCAAGCUUCCAAGGGCGAAAUCGUCGGGGCGUCCUACACGUCUCCCGCACGUCCCGCAAGUGUUGAUGAGUUUGGCAAUCCCCUUACUACAUAUGAUCGCAAGUCGCUGCUCGUGAACCAUGAGCUCGACCGAAUGGGAAUGGGUCGUUACCAGUGGUUCAUUGUCGGUCUUUGUGCCAUGGGCUAUAUGUUGGACUUGCUCUGGGCGCAAGCGUUUGGCCUUAUUGCACCUCCCUUGCAAAGAGAGCUUGGGUUUAGUGAUAUCGAAAUGGGUAAUAUAUUUACCUCGUUCUCAGCCGCACUCUGCGCUGGUGCGUUUAUGUGGGGUGUUCUCGUCGACGUCAUUGGUCGUCGCUGGGCAUUCAACCUGACAGUUCUCAUCACCUCAGUGUUUGGGCUUGCAAUCGGCGGCCCGUCCAAUUACAAUGCUAUCAUUGUUUUGACCGCAUUCAUUGGUUUGGGUAUAGGUGGUAAUAUUCCCAUCGAUACUACUAUUACUCUUGAGUUCUUGCCUCAGAAUAAGCGGUAUUUACUCCCAGCUCUCAGUGUUGGCCAACCCAUUGGUGUUGUGCUUUGCAGUGCCCUUGCCUAUGGUUUCAUCCCAAACUACUCAUGCCCCUCGGAUCUCAAGUCCUGCAAAUUCACUGCACCGGGCGAGGCUUGCUGCUCUCGUAGCCAGAACCAAGGCUGGCGCUACCUAUGCUUCUGUCUCGGUGCUAUCUCUCUUUUUGUUUUUCUGCUUCGCUUUAUAGUAUUCAACUUUCAAGAGAGCCCCCGGUUUCUCUUGAGUAAAGGGAGGGACGAAGAAGCGAUCGAGGUGCUACGAAAGGUUGCCAAGACAAAUAGAACUACGUGCACGCUUAAGAUCGAGGACCUUCGAGCCGAGGACGAGUACGCAGGAGGCGAUACGGAAAGUCAAGGCGUGAACGCGCUAAAGCUCCAUGCGCAAGUUUAUAAUUUCUCAGAACUCAAAGUAUUUUUGAAGCGGGGGAGGAACUUGCGGUUAGUGAUACUCACGUGGUUAACAUAUGCGUUUGAUGCUUGGGGUUUUACAAUUGCUGGCUCGUUUCUUCCUACCAUUCUUUUACGCAAGAAUGAAGCGAUUGAUGUUAGUUUGAGGGAUACGUAUAAGAGCUAUGUUGUCAUCCUAUUUGCGACCGUCAACACCCAGGCCGCUAAUGUCGGUCUCAACGCAAUGGAGUACUUUUUUCAGUCCUUAUUCAACGCGAUUCUCUACGGCUGGACUCCUGAAGCUUUCCCUGCCCCUAUUCGUGGCUCGGCGUGUGGAAUUGCAAGCUUCUGGGGGAGGUUAUUUAGUAUUAUUGCUCCAUUGAUUGGUUCAAGGCUGCUUGAUGCCGGAGGAGAUGAGGGAAUCAAUAACGUGCUGUACCUGGCUGGUGCGGGUGUGUUCGUACACAGUAUACCCCAAAGGUACGGACAAUCCGACCUCAGCGAUCCGACCCCCAGGGGUGCGAACUCGCUAUAA